GGGGGAAGGCGACCGGCGCGCGUUCCCGGGCUCGUGACCGUCGGCGGCCUGGGCAAUCCGCGCCCACACUCUGUUGCAGAGAUGGCAGGCGGCAGAGCCCGGCGCGCCGUGGGCUCCCUCCACCUGCUGCUGCUGGCCUCCGUCCUGUCCCUGACAGCCGGGAGUCGGAGACCGGGCUCCACUGCCUGGACUCAAGAAAAGAACCACCACCAACCAGCACAUUUGAAUUCUUCAUCUCUUCGGCAAGUUGCAGAAGGCACCAGUAUUUCUGAGAUGUGGCAAAACGACUUGAAACCGCUGCUGAUAGAACGAUAUCCAGGAUCACCUGGAAGCUAUUCUGCUCGUCAGCACAUCAUGCAGCGAAUUCAGAGACUUCAGGCUGAGUGGGUCGUGGAGGUCGACACCUUCCUGAGUAACACACCCUAUGGCCACCGGUCCUUCUCCAAUAUCAUCAGCACUCUUAACCCAGAAGCAAAAAGACACUUGGUCCUCGCCUGCCACUAUGACUCCAAAUAUUUCCCUCGAUGGGACAGCAGAGUGUUUGUGGGAGCCACUGACUCAGCCGUGCCGUGUGCAAUGAUGUUGGAGCUUGCUCGUGCCUUAGACAAGAGACUCCACUCCUUGAAGGACGUCUCUGGUCCCAAGCCAGAUCUCUCGCUCAGGCUGAUUUUCUUUGAUGGUGAAGAGGCUUUUCUCCACUGGUCUCCUCAAGAUUCUCUCUAUGGGUCCCGGCACUUAGCCCAGAAGAUGGCAUCAAGCCCUCACCCUCCUGGAUCUAGAGGCACCAACCAACUGGAUGGCAUGGAUCUAUUGGUCUUACUAGAUUUAAUUGGAGCUGCAAAUCCAACAUUUCCCAAUUUUUUCCCCAAGACUACCAGAUGGUUUAAUAGACUUCAAGCGAUUGAACAGGAACUCUAUGAAUUGGGUUUGCUCAAGGAUCAUUCUUUGGAGAGGAAGUAUUUUCAGAAUUUUGGUUAUGGAAAUAUUAUCCAAGAUGACCACAUUCCAUUCUUAAGAAAAGGUGUUCCAGUUCUUCAUCUGAUAGCUUCUCCUUUCCCUGAAGUCUGGCACACCAUGGAUGACAAUGAAGAAAAUUUGAACGCGUCAACCAUUGACAAUCUAAACAAAAUCAUUCAAGUCUUUGUGUUGGAGUAUCUUCACUUGUAAUAUUUGAAUUUUGUUUGUGGUAAUUGCCUCUGUAUCAACUUCAACAGUCAAGACACUGUUUAAAUGAUCGGAUUCCAGAUAAAUGUUGCAUGUAAAUGUCUGUCCUAUAGAUUUAUUCUGUAGGUAUUUUUGAAUAUGUAAUCAGUGAAGCAUAGAAUUCUAUGAUGCCUUCAUGACUUCUUUUUUCAUCUAGCGACAAGAAAGAAACAUGCCAAGAAAUGAAAAACAAAUAGUUUUUGAAACUCUUUUGGAUGAAAUAUUUAAAUAACAUCAGAUGCACUUAUCAAUAUCAUAGACUUUAAACAGUACUUAAAUAUGAUGCUGUUGUGCAAUAUGUAGUGGUGGUUUUAUAUGUUAUCUCAUAUAGUGUGUUACAUAAUAUGUAAUACAACACAGACAUGUACUUUGACAGCUCUUAACUUUCUUCAGGAAAGCUUUGUGGAGUUUAUUUCUUGAAAAUUAAAGUCUGAAUU